AAAGGCAUAUAUUUCUUUGAGACUAUCUCUUUUCUUGUUUGUGGAUAGUAAACUACAGUACUACACUGCUACUUAAUUUUGCUGCUAUAUGCUUCCUCAAAAAGGUAAUUUAACAAUGUACUAGAAAACCACAAAAAGAUCAGUUUAACAAUGUACUAGAAAACUGCAGCUCAAAUGUUCAUUGAGAUGAGAGAGGGGAAGUAGAAGCUCAACAAUCUGAAAAUCCAUUGUUUGGAGUGGAGUAGUCCUCUUGCCUGGAAGAAAGGUUAUCGGAAUUAAUCGAAAAGGGCAGUAAAAAUAUACUUUUAUCGGAUCCAAUGUUAUUCUAAUACUCCAUCUGUUCCAUAUUAUAAGACUUUCUGGGUGCGUCUAAAUUUAUCCAUAUAUCAAUGUAUAUAUUUUGUAUAUGUGUCAGCACACAAAUGAAUCUAGCCAAGUCCAGAAAGUCUUAUAAUGUGGAACGGAGGUAAUAGAAAACAUACGGAUGUCAAGACCAUCAGAGUUGCUUGCUUCCAAUAUUGGAGGGGCAACUCUUUCAGUAAAUUCUUUAGAAUCUGCACUUAAGAAACCAAAAUUUGUUUUAGCGCAGCAGGAAAACAAUUGAAUGUUUGUGAGCUCUGAUAUAUGAACAGAAAUAGCAAUUUUACCUUUCAGAGGAUAGUUCUCUGUAUAUGAUUCUUCAGAAAACAAUAAAUCAAUCGGGUAUGGAAAAUGAUUUGGUGGAGCUGUGUGUGUGUGUGCAUUUUGUACAGAGUGGAAUGGUGAGAAAACAUCCAUUUCCUAUGUGGCAGUGAAACUGGUCUGUUGUUGAUUGCCAUCAUGUUCUAUUUGUUUCAUCUGCUGAUUAUUUGAAAUUUUACUAUUUUCAGUGCUUAAGUCUGAAGGCCUGUCUAUCUGUCCCGUUUGUUGGUAAUGGAAUGUGAUUCCCCCGUUUUGAAGAAGAAAAGGCUGGCCCAUCCAAUGGAUAUGGAUUGUACUGUCAAGGAAGAGCUAACCAAUGCACCAGGCAUGAAUCAGCAUUCGCUCUGGAGCCAGUGGCAGCUACUGGAUUCCAUCCUCCCAACCGGCGGGUUCGCACAUUCGUAUGGCCUUGAGGCCGCGAUGCAAUCUCGCAUGGUGAACAACCCGGAGGAUUUGAGAUCAUUUGUUGUCCAGGUCUUGGAGAACACCGGCAGCAUGUUGCUUCCAUUUGUGUACUGUGCUAAUAAGUCUCCUGAUGCCACGAUGUGGGUGAAGCUAGACCAGUUGCUGGAAGCAAUGUUGACGAACGAAGUUAGCAGGAAGGCCUCGACAUCUCAAGGCUCGGCUCUACUGAGAGUGGCAGCUUCUGUCUUCACCGAGGUUCAGUCGCUGCAGGAUCUUCGACAGACGUUCCUUGGUUCCAAGACCGUGUUCUUCCACCAUGCGCCAAUAUUCGGGUUGAUAUGCGGCCUGGUUGGAUUUGACAGUGAGACAACACAGCGUGCCUACAUGUUUGUCACAAUGAGGGAUGUGAUCUCUGCUGCAACAAGGCUUAAUUUGAUCGGACCACUAGCCGCUUCGGUGCUGCAACACCAGAUUUCGAUAGAUGCUGAAAGGAUGAUGCAGAAGUGGAAGGAUCGUGGUGUUGAAGAAGCAACGCAGACUGCCCCUCUGCUUGAUGCACUUCAGGGCUGCCAUGCUUACAUGUUCUCUAGGCUGUUUUGCUCCUGACAAGGAGGUGUGCUAUCAUCUCCAUGUCUCUUUCUUUUUAUGAUAGAUAAUCUCCUUGCUGUGUUGCAGGGUUGCCACACUUACAUCUUCUAUAAGCUAUUUUGUACAUAAUAAAAUUUGAAUGAGCUCACACGAACCAUUUCAACUUUAUGUUUCAUGUAACUCGCAUGCUUCGAUUUUACUCUCUUUGUUACUUCCAUAACAUUUUGGCAU